AUGGUAAACGGUGUUCAAUCGACAUUUGGGCCCAGCUAUGACAAGAAUGACGACGAUGAUUCCUCGGAUGCUUCCAGCAUAACAGCUACAUUGAAUGAUGAGGCUCUUCCUUCCGCAGGCUCAGACAGCGAAUAUUUCGAAGAUGAAGAACACGACGAGGUUAAUGGGGGAAUAGAAAACGGCUACAAGUGGGAAACAUUUAAAGCUGUCUCCGGGGUAAAUUAUUUUCCUUUGAAUGACGGGGCGGGGACAGUCCUGAUUGGUUUGAAGCAGGGUCAAGAAGUUAUGAUCAGCGGAAGCUACAGACUGCAAAUAGCGAAAGGCGGUAUAAAGUACAACGAUAUUCACUACAACGCGUCAUGGAGGAGCAUAUCAAUAUGGCACCCAACAUGCUCUUCGAUGUCGCCGAUAUUAAGUUCAUAUUAUGCAGAUUGGAACGAGCGGACGUUUAUACCGGUUGAGGCUUCCAAGACCUCACUGAAGCAUGAAGACUUCGAAUGUAUCCUGAAAGUCUCUAGUCGCUGCUCCGGGCUUCUCAAAAUUGCUGAGCUAAAUCCAGCUUUCAAGGACCUUUGGAUUCCUCAGGACUACAGGCCAGAAGAGGGUGUCUUCGCCAAACCCUCAUUUUGCGUUAUCAGCAAAGAUACAGUUAGAGAUACCACAAAUAUUGCAGCUCUCAAGAUCUCCGAACGUUGGCACACAAGCCUCUCAGAUCUCACCCUUUUCCACAAAAACAGUCCACAUGACAUGCGCGUCGUGGUCUUAGGAGGGAAAAACUCCGGAAAAUCUACAUUUCUACGUCUUCUGGCCCAGAGGUUGCUUCAUACCGGUAGGCAAGAAGACGAUUUCCUUUAUUUCCUUGAUAUAGAUCCUGGCCAAUCCGAGUUUUCGAGGCCUGACUGCAUCUCUCUGAGCAAAUUGGGAAGUAAUUUUGAGUUGGGUAACCAUCUUGGACAAGCCGAGGCCGAACAAGUUUUAGAGUAUUACGUCGGUACAAGCUCUCCGCACGUUUUCCCCACCAAGUAUCUUUCGGAUGUGAGCCGGCUGAUUGACUCGUUCAGUGAAGAAAAUUCCAUGGGUUCUGCGCUCCUUAACGUCCCUGGUUGGAUUAAAGGGUUCGGUGUGCAAAUAAUGAAUGAUGUGAUAAACCGUUUUAAACCCACACACGUCGUCUUCAUAGACUCCAAUUCCAGAAGUGAGGCUUUCUUAAAUGAGCUACAAAUCGAGUCUACAUUUUCAACCCCUCAAAGGGAAGAGUAUGAGCCAUGUAUUUACAAAAUCGAUGGAUACCAUGGUUCACCUACUUCUGGGAUACACAGUAGGCUUCAUGCUCCUCAUUUAAGGCUUUUCAGACUGUUGGCUCACUUUCACAAGGUUGAAAAUACUAGAUCACUUAUAAGUUACGAUUUUACGCCGUUAGUUCGCAGAGCUCCGCUCCAAGUUUCGUUCAGCCCCGGGCCGAUCAAAGCAUUUGAUAUUGUGGAUUUUAACGAUGCGGUUUCCGAUGAAGUCUUCAAAGAUAUCAUGGAUGGAAGUAUUGUUGGAAUGUUUUGUUUUGAAGGCGAGUGUGAAACACAUAAGGAUGGCAAAUUUCCGAUUUUAAAACGGGAAUGUUUGGAAGAGUCUUUUGUUUCGUUGGGCUUGAUCCAUUCAGUCGACACUGAGAAUUCAUGUAUUAACAUUUACAUUCCAGAGUCAACUGUGGGAAGCGUUAGGGGUAGAAAAAACUCAACAUGGCUAAUCAGAAGAUGCAAAACGGCUACGCCUAUAUGCGAGCUUUUUCCUUCAAGCAAAGAGCUUUCCACUUUCAAAUCCUCGGGGCUUCCAUUUCUUUCCUUCCACAAACAGGCAAAAUAUGAAUUCAUUUGGAAAGUACGAAGAAACAUUCUUAGAAGAGGCCAUCAAAAUAGAUAA